UAUGUAGUCGUACAAGCCCGCGAGUUCGUCUGAUAUCGCGUAUACAGAACCACCGCCGACAGUGUGGAUGUCCGUAUCCAUAGUGGCCGCUCGCGUUUUACCUAUACGAUACGCGGAAAACCGUAAUCACUAAAAUACAUUAUUAUACAAACGAUAUCAAUAGCGAUAAAAUAUUUUCCGCUCACCUGCGACGAGUGCGCCGUAUAUUCCGAUCGUUUUCCGUAUUAUUACUACGCUACGAUAUUCGUUCAAAGGCCCACGUCGCGGCCGCCUGCUCUACGCGCGAUUUCCGACUGCUGCGCUGCAGGUAACGAGUGCGCGGUUUCGACGAGACGGUAGCCGGAACGUCGACUUCCGAAUAGUGUGUCCGGUGCGAAAAACGGUGGUCCAAUGCCCGCCGUUAUCAUACAACAAUAACUGCAAUAACAUUAUACAGUCACGUCGUAUCUUUUACGCAUAAUAUAUUAUAUAUAACUAAAUUUUUGUUGUCGUUAUCGUGCUUAAACCAAACCCCCGUGCCGUGCGGUAUGUACUCCACGCAGUAGUUUUUCGACGAUAUUUUUGAAUUUUCAAUUUCAUAAUAAAUUGAAAUGUUGUUUUUGCGAUGUUUUGUUCGUGACAUUUUUUUAAAAUCCAUUUGUUGACGGUCGCAGAGGUCGCGUGCAACGAUUACUCAGAACGCUAAUUGGAAAAUCAUAUUUUUUCGGACGAUUUAUCACAGUUAUACUCAAUGAUGUACGAAAGCGCAUGUUCGUACCAAAGUGCAUUAGACCUGAAAAGGGUGGCGAUGUCAUCACCACCUAGUAUAAAAACAGAAAAUGACUGUCUUCCAACUACCACUCCACAAUGGCCAUCAGUAGGAGUGGCUAGUUGUGCUUAUAGGUUUGCAUGUAAUUCCACGUUUGAGCAACUUAAACAGUCAGUAGAAAAGGCAAAAGCUGCAUUACAGGAUCGUGGAAGUUACUUAUCAUCAUGUGACUUAGGUACGUCACCUUUUUGUCCAGCAACACCAUCAUCCAGGACCCCAGUGUCUACUCAUCUAACUACCAAUUCACUCGAUUUAUUUCAGGAUGAACAAAAUAAUACUGACAAACGAAACAAUUACAUUGAUUCAUCAAAUAGCAGAUACGAUAAAAGCUCUGGAUUGAUGCAUUUAUCAUCGUCUACUUCAAAUGGUUUAUCUUCUGUAGGAAAAUCAUCGUCAUAUUUGCCAUCAUCCAUAUCAGAAUCAUUUAGAUCGUCAUCUAAAUCAGAUACUCAUUAUAAAGGAUCAUGGAGUACACAUUCAUCAGGGCAAACACAAGAUCCAUAUCAAAUGUUUGGGGCCACAAGCAGUCGAUUAGCUAGCUCUGGUUCUGGUCAAAUACAAUUGUGGCAAUUUUUGUUGGAAUUAUUGUCUGAUAGUAGUAAUGCAGCAUGUAUAACAUGGGAAGGUACAAACGGUGAAUUUAAGUUAACCGACCCUGAUGAAGUAGCGCGUAGAUGGGGUGAAAGGAAGUCUAAACCAAACAUGAACUACGACAAAUUAAGCAGAGCAUUAAGGUAUUAUUAUGACAAAAAUAUCAUGACCAAAGUUCAUGGAAAAAGGUAUGCGUACAAGUUCGAUUUUCAAGGAUUGGCAGCAGCAACUCAACCAGCUGCUGCAGAUCCGUCAGCGUACAAAUAUCAAUCAGACUUAUUCAUGACAACCUAUCAUCACCAUCAUCAUCAUUCUCCAAAAUUAAACUUCAUUUCACCUCACGCACCUGGAAUAACAUCUACUGCAGGUAGCAUAUUUCCAUCAGCAUCGUCGUAUUGGACCAACCCGGGUGCCAACCUUUACUCGAACAUUGCCGCUGCGUCUGCGACGCAUUCGAUGGGCCAUCAUCACCACCACCCAGGUGCUAGCACCGGUGUCAGCCACCACACAGGAGUCUCACCGCACCUGGCCAACUACUCGCAUUACGCGUCACCAUGACCGACGGAUGUACACUGGGCUGCCAGGUCGCUGCCAGGCACCACCGCAGGUCGUUCGCCGCCACAUCCAUACAAGCCCACCGAAUGAACAAUCUCUAGUGGUUCUAGUCAUCAUACUUAAUUACAUACUUAAUUUAAGUCAACAUUGUUUUUCAUUCGUUAUAAUAAUCGGGCAAAAACAUAAGUCCAUUUUCAAACCGUUAUACUAUAUCAUAUUACGUGUAGGUAUAACUAUAAUAAUAAUAAUAAUAAUACGAUAUAAUUAUAAAAUCGACACUCAUUUAGAAUCUCCUCGGAGUGGAAAGGAAGGCCUUUGAAAAUUCAUAUUAAUUUCAUUGUACGCAAACAGAUUUCAUUUGUAAAAAUACCCUUUGUCUGUGCAACCGCUAGUGUUGAUUAGUUUUAGUGUUUUAAAAAAUUUCUUAUAAAACGAAAAAACUGACACACUACUGUCAUACACCCACACACAAACACACUACACAGGUUAUGAGCUCAUGACAAUCAACUCGUAUCAACACAAGAGUAUACCACACAAAAGUAUUGACUAAAAAUUCUCAUGUUGAAUACCACCAUGAUCAAUCCCUAAACAACCUCGUUACUGUAAUUUGUACUUUGAUUUAGAACUACGUACACACCUGUAUAUACACUACAGGUAAGCGUUUAAACGUGCUGCUACUACAUUAUAUUUUAUCGGUCAAUUAUUGUUAUUUUAAAAAUUAUAAUUUUUAAUUAGCUGGUUCUACGAACGUAUCACAAACAAUUUAAUUGUGUAAAAUAGUAAACAAUAUAAUAUUAUCGUUGAAACUUUCAGGUUUUUAACCAUUUUUUAUUAGCAACACAUUUUUUUUAAUUUAAGUAUUUUAUCAGCCUAUACUUAUUUAACCUUACCAAGAUUGACUGAGAAAAUUAGUGUAGUACAUUAGUGCAUUAAAUAUUUUAAACUGUAUGUGACGUAUUAUACAACUUGUGAUAAUUCUAUACAAGUACAAACUUAUAAUAAUAUAUCCUUAUUUUUGCAUUGAGCAAUAUUAAUUAUUUAAUAAUAUAGCCUACCACUUAUGUACGUACUUUUAUUAAAAACUAAAUAUAAUAUACUAAAAUAAUAAUCAUAAAUUAAAUAAUUAAAAACAACUAGUACAAACAGAAUUUUAAUAAAAGUAUUAUUAUUUUAUUUUAUAAAAACAAAUUUAAUUUAAAUGCUUAUAACAAUAUAAUUAUAAUAAACUGAACACACUGAUAUUAAUGAUAUUAUUAAAGAUAUAUAUUCCUUGAAUCAAUGAAAAACCAAAAUUAUUAUUUUAAUAGCAUUUACAAGUACAAAUGUUAAUAUACUAAUAAUUGUUAUUUCCUAUUUACCAAACACUUUAUUGGAAUAUCAAUAUUAUUUAACAUAUAACACUUAUUCUAGUCAUUUUGUGAUUAAAACUGGCAAUUCAGAUCUCGUUUCUUCAUAAACAAACCCCUUAUAAUAUGUAUUAAACAACAGUGUUUAUUAUUAUUAAAAUAUAUAUAUAUAUAUAUAUAACCCACAAUGAUUGUACAAUAUACAAGUAUAGUACAAUAUUUGUCAUUUGUUUUGUUAGAUACUUUAUGUAUGAGUUAUGACAAUCUAUCAUAGCUAUAGAUUAUUUUUAAAAAAAAAGUUUUAAUUUUAAUGUAUUAUAAAGUAAUUUAUACUAAGGAAAUAAAAACUUAGCUUUGUGCUAAAGUAAAAGUAAAGUGCAAUAUAAAUAAUUAUACAUUUUUGUUUUUAUAGAUUUAAGAAUAUUUAGUUAGAAGUUUAAUUUGUAUGAAUGUAAUAUUAAUCUUUGUACAGGCCUUAUACUAAUAGAAGGCAUCAAAACUAGUCCUAUACGCUAUUAUAUACAUAUACAUAUAUGAUCAUUACAUUUAUUAUAAUAGUGUCAUAAAAUAAUAGAAUGACGUUACACAUUGUAAAUACAACUCCGUGUUAAAGAACAAAAUAAAACCAUUAUUAUACUGUGUUUUUAA